AUGGCCGUAUCAGGACGUAAACAAAGUGAUCUACUAGGAUCAGUAGCAGCAGGAUCAGCAGAAGAUUUUGAUCACUGUUGUGAGCCAUGCCUUACCACAGGUCAACGUAUAGAAGCUCACGGGUUUUGUGCCACUUGUCAAGAAUACCUCUGUAAAACUUGCCACGAUUGUCACAGAAAAGCAAAAGUCUUACGAAAUCAUCAAAUGCUGCAGCGUAAUGAUUUUGAUAAGAUCCAAACUACAAUGAAAUCAUGCAAUGAAUGCACUAAAAUGUGUCAAGUUCACAAAAAAGAAAUAAUAAAAUUCUAUUGUCCAUCACACCAUGCACUUGGAUGUAAUGACUGCAUAACUUUAGGACAUAGAACAUGUAGAGUUGAUAACAUACCUGAAAAAUGCGUAGGUAUCGCAGAUGGGAAGGAAUUAAAUGACGUCAUGCAGAAACUCAGCGAAAAACUAAAAGGAGCUGAAGAAAUUUCGAAGAAGGCUAAAGGCAGUAGAAGCAACAUAAAUGAUUACAAUAAAGAAAUCAUCAAGGCGAUCACUGAAUUCCGAAAAGAAAUAAACGACCGCCUAAAUAUGAUGCAAAAAGAUGCUUUAAAUAAUGCCGAGGAAAUAAAGUCCAACAACAAACAAAUUAUUCAGCAUGUCCUUGAUACAUGUGAAAAUAUGAUUUCCGGUAUAAAAUGCUUGCAAUCAAGUCUUCAUGCAAGCAAAUCAAAUCAUGAACACGGUCAAUUGUACAUUGACAUGAAGCGGGCAGAAUCUACACUUAAAUCAUAUGAAUUGAAUGACGCCGAACAAACAUUAAUGCAUACCAAUAUGCACUACUCAUUUCAACGAAAUUUUGAACUCGACACAUUUUUCUGUAAGAAAAUGGUCUUCGGUGAGAUUGUCAAUCAUUCUCGUCAUGAAUCGACAAAAGUUAUAAAAGCUGUUGAUUGUCUGAUUCGGAAAGGAGAUAUCAAUGUUAAAACGUCAUCAGAUGAGGAAUACUGUAAUAUUUCAGGAUGUGCAGUUCUUAACACAAAUAAACUAGUUCUAGCUGAUUACAACAACGGUAAGAUUAAAUUGAUAUUUAUAGAGAACAGACUUGUAAAAGAAGAGAAAACUCGAAAACUUCAAAGUUUUUGA